GCGGGAGUUUCAGAUUAGCCUGGGAGGGGGUGAGUACAUAACGAUAUACGUUAAAUUGCUAGUUGAAUAGCUAGCAGAUCUGGUUUUUUACCCCAAAAUACCGAGGUGUUCGACAAUCCGUUGUCAGCAUCGAAUUUCAUACAUUUAUUUAUACGGUGAGUAAAUACAAGUGUGUCGAAAUCUGCUCGCUAGUCCGGUCAAGUUGUUUAUACGCCAUCAGCAGCCUGCGAAUUACCAUGGCAAUGAGAAGCGAGACCAGAGUGGAGGCCGAAGUGGAAGAAGAGGAGUCCUUUGGACCUCAACUUGUGUGCAGACUAGAGCAAUGUGGGAUCAGCGCCAGUGAUGUAAAGAAGCUGGAGGAGGCAGGCUUCCACACCAUCGAGGCCGUUGCCUACGCGCCAAAGAAAGAGCUGCUGAACAUCAAGGGGAUCAGCGAGGCUAAAGCAGAGAAAAUCCUUGCAGAGGCUGCUAAGCUGGUCCCCAUGGGCUUCACCACAGCUACAGAGUUCCACCAGCGGCGGGCUGAGAUCAUUCAGGUCUCCACUGGUUCCAAAGAGCUGGACAAGCUGCUGCAGGGUGGGAUUGAAACUGGCUCUAUAACGGAGAUGUUUGGAGAGUUCCGGACAGGAAAAACACAGCUUUGCCACACCCUUGCUGUGACAUGCCAGUUACCCAUUGAUCAGGGUGGAGGAGAAGGGAAAGCCAUGUACAUUGACACAGAGGGAACCUUUAGACCAGAGAGACUGCUAGCUGUGGCAGAGAGGUAUGGCCUGGUGGGUAGCGAUGUCCUUGACAAUGUGGCCUACGCCCGAGCUUUCAACACCGACCAUCAGACUCAGCUGUUGUACCAAGCCUCCGCUAUGAUGGCCGAGUCCAGGUAUGCCUUGCUGAUCGUAGACAGCGCUACCGCCCUCUACAGGACGGACUACUCCGGCAGGGGCGAGCUGUCUGCCCGUCAGGGCCACCUGGGCAGGUUUCUGCGUAUGUUGCUGAGGCUGGCUGACGAGUUUGGUGUCGCCGUGGUGAUCACCAACCAGGUAGUGGCCCAAGUGGACGGUGCUGCCAUGUUUUCUGCAGAUCCAAAAAAGCCCAUUGGGGGUAACAUCAUGGCUCAUGCGUCCACUACAAGGCUGUACUUGAGAAAAGGCAGAGGAGAGACCAGGAUAUGUAAGAUCUACGACUCGCCAUGCCUCCCAGAGGCUGAGGCCAUGUUCGCCAUUAACGCUGAUGGGGUGGGAGAUGCCAAGGACUGAGGAAGCGAGGCAAAUGACAUGCUGGGGGGUCGAGGCUGCAGUCGGAGGGCCAGAGACAAGCAGGCCGCUGUUCCUCCUCCAAGGGACGAAGCUUGCUGUUCUCGUUGCAGAUAUGCUGGGGGGGUGGUGGUUUGUCUUUUGUUGUUUUCCUAAAUCUUAACGUCUUAAUUUGCUCACUCAGUAACAUUUUUUCCAUAUCUGUGCUAGGAUGAUGGUGCAGAAGAUAUGUUUUACAGACGCACACUGUGAGAGUUCUCUCUGUGCAACUGUACACAGCUAAUUAACUGUUAUAGUUAGGUUGGUCGGAGCAAAGAACCUGCCCACACCGGCCCUCCACGAACUGCCUUCCUCUCUUGCCCAACAGCAAUGCUUAGUCAUCCCCAAACCUUAGCAUAUUUUCCUUUUCCAGAAGACUGAAGUCAUGAAAUUUGAGGACAUAGAAAGCCUAUACAUGGUGGGAUUUUGGGAGAGUUGAGCCGCAGCUGUGGAAGGGAAUGUGACAAUGGCAAUGCCCUUCACGGAAAGGACUGCAUUUCAGUCACUGUGCUCCCAGAGUUCAAGACAAGGAAGGAAUAUCCCCAGUUCACUGCCUUGUUUAAAAAAAUGAAAAAGGAACAUCCUUUCUUAGGUUUAUCAAGAGAGCCACCAGAUAGUUUUGUUUUGUUGGGAUUUGGGAUGUCCCUGUCCAGUCUUUUACUUGUAUUUUUGUGUGGCCAAUGUUUUGUGCAGUUCACACUCUUUUGUUUGUCUUGCAUAUAAUUUUUGUAUAUAAGAUGCACUAUUAAAAUUAUUUUAUAUCAUGAGGAAAGGUGCUAUACAAUCUGUUGAAUAAAUAGGAGCAAAAUUCUAUUCAUGUUUCUAUCUUUCAGACAUGUGCCUGUUAAUUUGUAUA